UUUCGAAUAUGUUGCGGUUGUUGGUUUGGCAGAUAUGUAGAAUCUCUUCUGACUUGCAUGCAAAGUGGAAGAAAUUGGAUAAAUCCGGACACAACAUGCAAGUCACGUUGAUUCACUGUACAGCGGUCUCGUCUGCUUUAAGAGGGAGGACGUAGAAAGAGAAGGUAGAUGGAAUUUAAGGGAGAAGACGCAGAAAAUGCGACUGUGAAUGUAGAUAUCUGGUACGACAAAGUGAUUGAGGAAUUCGAGGCAAUAACGAGGGAUGCAGAGCGCGUGCAGCGAGAGACGCUGAAGAGGAUUCUAGAGCGUAACGGUGUGACAGAAUAUUUGUGCAAAUGGGGAGUAGAUGGAACCACAGAUCCCGAGGAGUAUAAAGCACAAGUUCCUCUCGCCACUCACGCCGACCUCGAGCCUUACAUUCUUCGGCUCAGCCGCGGAGAUCAGUCCCCCCUUCUCACUACUCAGCCCAUCUCUGUAUUCUCAUUGAGCUCUGGGACUACCGACGGGAGGCCCAAGUUCGUACCCAUAAAUGAUGAAUUGCUCACAGGAAUGGUGCAGACUUUUCGUAUUUCUGCCGCCUAUCGGACUCGAUUAUUUCCAAUCAGACCUGGGGGAAGAGUUUUUGAACUUAUAUAUGGUAGCAAACAAAUUCGCACUGAAGGGGGCUUUGUAGCUUGCACUGUGAUUUCACAUAUAUUUAGUAGUGAACGUUAUAAGAUGUUUAGAGAGAGAUGCCAGGUUUCUCCAUGCAGUCCAGAUGAGGUUGUAUUUGGGAAUGAUCCUCAACAAUCCUUGUAUUGCCAUCUCCUAUGUGCACUGCUAUAUUCAAAUGAAGUGCAAUAUUUUCGAUCAAUAUUUUCGUACUCCAUUGUGGAUGCUCUCCGGACACUCGAGCAAGUCUGGCAAGAACUUUGUUCUGAUAUCAAGGAAGGGAAACUUAGUGAACGAAUCACAGUGCCUUCUAUGAGGGCAGCUGUUUCCAAAUUGCUUAAAUCAAAUCCAGAUUUGGCAGAUGUAAUCUACGAAAAAUGUAAAGACAUGGAGAAUUGGCAGGGAGUUAUCCCACGGCUUUGGCCUAGUGCCAAGUAUAUUCACUGUGUCACAACAGGUUCCAUGGAGCCAUACCUAGGGAAAUUGAGACAUUAUGCAGGCGAUCUACCAUUGAUGAGUGGAGAUUACGGUGCCACUGAAGGUGGCAUUGCUGCCAAUAUACAGCCCACAAUCCCACCAGAGAAUGCAACUUUCACAAUGGUACCCAACAUUGCAUAUUUUGAAUUCAUUCCACUCCAUCAGCAUCUUGAAGACUGGAAAAUGUUUCAGAAUGUAGCCAAUGCCCACCAUACUGAAGCUGCACCUGUGGGUCUGACAGAAGUGAAAGUUGGGCAGGAUUAUGAGGUGGUUAUCACAACAUUUGGUGGACUUUACAGGUACAGACUCGGUGAUAUUGUCAGAGUGACUGGAUUUUACAAUUGUACUCCACAAUUGUCAUACAUGGGCCGAAAGAACCUUCUUCUUACAUUAAACAUUGACAAGAUCACAGAAAAAGAUCUGCAAAUAGCUGUUGAGAAGGUUACCAGACUACUCAGGGAAGAAAAUGUGGAGCUGGUUGACUUCACAAGCUAUGCAGACAUGUCAAUUGAACCAGGCCAUUAUGUAAUCUUUUGGGAGCUCAGUGAAAAAAUAGAAGGAAGUGUUAUAACUAGAUGUUGUUCAAUAAUGGACGAGUCUUUAAUUGAUCCGGGCUAUUCUGGUUCUAGGAAAGCCAAGACCAUUGGACCACUUGAAAUCCGUAUCGUGGAAAAGGGUGCAUUCCGAAAGAUUUUAGAUCACUACUUGAAUCUUGGAACAGCAGCGAGCCAGUUCAAAACUCCCCGUUGCGUCAAUUCUCACCAGGCUUUGUUUGACAUUCUCAACAAUUGUGUAAUCCAAACACAUUUUAGCACCUACCUCUCUUAAUUUGGAACAGGGUGCGAAAGUACUGCCAGCAGUGGCCUCCUCAUAUUCACAAAUCGUGUUAUAUUCUUAUUGUUCUGCACGGAGUUUUGGGAUGUGUUAGCUCCACGAUGUUGUGAAAACUUUCUUCUGCUGUACAGGUGUUUGUAUCAUGAGUUACAAGACAGGCCUGGAAUUUGAUGGUUCGAGAACAGUUUAUUAAAUCAGAAGUAAUAUAAAAUAAAGUAGAAGAAUUUCAAUA